AUGGCAUCUCCAAUGGCCUCGUCGCUGCAUCGUGCGCGGGCGCCCGUCCAGAGGACCCUCCGAGCCUCCAUGCGCUCUUUCGCCACCGUCCCCAACCCCGACGAGGCCGCGUCGACGACACCACCCAAGCGCAAGACCUACUUCAAGGACACGACCGUCGCGCCCUUCUCCGACUUUGUGGGCGCCCCCCAACAGCCCAUGGCGUCCUCCGAGGCCUAUGCCCUACGCACCGCCGAGGUCGGCCCCGUCGGCAAGAAGCGCACGAUAACGCGGCUGCCCGAGUGGCUCAAGACGCCCAUACCCGCGGGCAACGACAAUUACAAGAAGAUCAAGGCCGACCUGCGCGGCCUCGGCCUGCACACCGUCUGCGAGGAGGCUCGCUGCCCAAACAUCUCCGAGUGCUGGGGCGGCUCCGACAAGAGCGCCGCCACCGCAACCAUCAUGCUCAUGGGGGACACGUGCACGCGCGGAUGCCGCUUCUGCAGCGUCAAGACGAGCCGCGCCCCGCCCCCGCUUGACCCCCACGAGCCCGAGCACACGGCCGAGGCCCUCGCGCGAUGGGGACUGGGCUACGUUGUCCUCACCAGCGUCGACCGCGACGACCUUGCUGACGGCGGCGCUCGCCACUUUGCCGAGACGAUUCGCAAAAUCAAACACAAGAAGCCGUCGCUGCUUGUCGAGGCGCUGACGGGCGACUUUGGCGGCGACCUCGACAUGGUGCGCGUCGUCGCCGAGAGCGGUCUCGACGUCUACGCGCACAACGUCGAGACGGUCGAGGGCCUGACGCCCUACGUCCGGGACCGCAGAGCCACGUUCCGACAGAGCCUCAAGGUUCUGAAGCACGUCAAAGAUGUCAAGGGCAGGGACGGCAUCAUCACCAAGACCAGCAUCAUGCUCGGCCUGGGCGAGCAGGAGCACGAGCUCAUGAAUGCCCUUGAAGAGCUGCGAAAGGCCGACGUCGACGUCGUCACCUUUGGCCAGUACAUGCGCCCGACCAAGCGCCACCUCAAGGUGGAAAAGUACGUGACGCCCGACGAGUUCGAAAAGUGGCGCACGCGCGCCCUCGACAUGGGCUUCCUCUACUGUGCCAGCGGGCCCCUCGUCCGCUCCUCGUACAAGGCCGGCGAGGCGUUUAUUGAGAACGUGCUGCGCAAGCGCGCCGGCGACAAAGGUGUAGCGGUUAGCGGGAGUCUGUCGCGGGCCGUUGCACUAGACGCGGACACGGCGCGAUCCAGCAUAUGA